ACGGACUUAUUUUGACUUGAUUUUUAUCGAGCGAAACCGGGACAAAUUCCCGUCCCUUCCUCGCUUCCGCCCCUCUGGUUUUCUUCUGCCCCACCUCCUUUCCUCGCUUUGCCCUCUUUCUCUCCCCCAAAAUCUGGAGCCCUCGCACCGUUCCUUCGUGGGACGAGGACUAUACUCUCCAAUCUCUUCUUUACCGAUCAAACCCUAGAGGCCGUCGAGGAGUCGUUGUGGGGGGAUACAUGGGCCCUCGAACGUGUGAGGUCUGUAAAGAAGCGCAAUCCAAGUACAAAUGCCCCACCUGCCUCGCUCCUUAUUGUUCUUUGGGAUGUUUCAAGAAGCAUAAAGAAAAUCCAUGCAAGAAAUCAUUACCUGAGCAAGAAUUGACAAUCCAGAAGCUACCUGAAAGAUUAUAUCAAGUAGAUGAACCAAGCUGGGUUGUUGAUAAAGAACAAUUUCAAUCUAUAGUGGAAUCCAGUGAAAUUCUAGAUGCCUUAAAGGAUGGAGAGCUGCGUAAAUUAAUACAGAAAAUUGACAGCUCUGAAGAGCCAGAAAAUGAUUUGACCAAGGCCAUGGAAGGACAGACUUUUCGCGAGUUCACAGACAAGAUUCUGGCUGUUUUGAACCCACAGAACCAGCUUGCUAACUGAGAAAUGUCAUGUUCCAUCAUUUUACUUUUGGCGCCCCUUUUCUGAAGGAUUUUCAGUCAUUUCUGAAGAGCAAGUUAUGAUGAUCAGAUAUGUUCAGUAGCUGUCUCCUUCCUCAAGCAGGUUUACUGUACUUCCAGCAUGAUGUGUGAUCGACAAAAGCUCUCGUUUUGAGUACGACUAUGGCUAUAUGUUCUGAAUUUUGAAUAAUUUUGGAGGGGGCUUGGGGAAAUAUGUUGUGUCAUUUGUUAUUUCCAUGUACUGGUUAUUUGGUUCUUGGGCAGAUGUGCUUUAUUUUUCAACCAGGCGCGGAGCAUGAUUAACAGAGUUUCUUUUGUAUUUUGACAUAGCUAUGGAUUUACGUGAGUCGGGUUAAAUUCAGUAGAAUAUUCGUUGUAGUAUUUUUGAUUUCAAUUCGUGCUAUUUGCAAUGGUGAUUUGAAUAUUGUUUUUAUCCUUCUAAGCUUAGGAAGCAAAUUGUAGCAACCUGCAUGAACGUAGACUUCCAUGGUUAUUUCAAAUCAUCAGGAAGUUCGAGUUGGGUGCAUAUUCUUUUUCUUUUUCCAUGUACGUGAAGUUGAAUAAUGUAAAGUCAUUUUUACCAU